AUGAACUCUGCUGUGUUUCUAACUCUGUCUCUCGCUUCAGCCCCGCUCAGGUCCGGCGUGGGCUUUGGCGCUCCCCGUCCCGCCGCCAAGGCCACUGCGUACGUGAGCCCCACGAUCAAGAGCCCGUCGUACCGGCCCUCGCCCCCCUCCACGCCCCCCCACAGCCCCGGGGCGAGCGGCCUCCCCCCGCCACGCAGCGCUCUGCCCAGGCCCGCCUCCUUCAGCUCCCGUGGCAAGCUCGGCCAAUCACCACGCAGUUUCCUGACGCCCCCGAAGAGUCUGUCCACUCUGAAUGCUCUGGGGGACGCUGGCUGGAGGGACGGCUGCUACUGA